UGGAUUUCCAGCUUAUACUUUAUAGUUUUUUUUUUUUUUUUUUUGCCUAAGAUAUAUACCCCAAAGGCGCGUGAUGACCCGUGUCUCGUAAGUUCAAAUACAGUUUGUAUAACCAAGUUUUGCGGUUGACAAUUAGCCAAUUAAUUCUUUUUUUUUCUACGAAUCAUGAAUGUCAUUAUUAAAACUUGGAGUUCCAUUCUAAAACGUCAACAUGAUAGCACUUCAUUCCUUCCCAAAUUUGAGUGUGUACCUUCAACGGUCAUUAAUCAUUUUUGUUUUGAGAAAAAAGAGUAAGAAAGAAGCCAAAAGGUUGACAAAGAAGUGCUACUAUUAAUGUGAAACCAAUUCUAUGGAUUGGCCCCAGUAUGAGCCUAUAUCGUUAAUAUAAUACAUAUAGAGGGAUCCAAUCAGUAUGUAUAGGGAUACAUAUAUAGCCUAUUUAUGUGAAACCAAUUCUAUGAGUAGUAAUUAGUAUGUAUAUAUAUGAUGGGAUCCAACAUAUAAUUGUGUAUCGCAUUUCAAACCGCCAUGUGAGCAAGAUUGGUGCGGUUGAACGAGUCUAGAAGGGAUGAAGUGUGAAGGUGAUGGCGAUGUGCAGACCUUGGAUGGCGCAUUUCGGCAAACUCAGCAGGCGGCAGAGUGGGGGACGAGCUAUUCUUGGAGCAAGAAAGAGGAUUGUGGUUGGAUUUGAACUAGAACACGUCUAUGAUGAAGAUGGGGUACCUCCUGAACCUCCGCCAUGGAUUCCAACUCCAAAGGGAGAUCACAAGACAGAUUCCUUUUAUUCCUUCUAUUUAAAUUCCCUUAAGAACUUUACUAUGUUAUUAUUAUGGACAAUAGUCGUAGGUGUUUUAGUUUUGAGACUACUUUCUGUGAUGGUUGUUUAGGUGGAAGCGCUAAAGCUUGGGUGGUCG